UGUAGUGUAGGAUUAUAUAUGAGUCAUUCACUGAGGACACUCUUCUCGUUAAGACCAUCAAUGGCGGACGCUCCUGUUGCUUCGGUCGGCCCCGUCCCUUUCAAGGACGUCGACGCUGAUUCAGGCUCGGGCUCCUCCGUGCUGGAGCAGCUUCCGGAAGAGCACGCCGACCUUGUGUCCGGACUGCCGUGCGCGCCGAGGCCCAACGGCCUGUCGAACCUCCGUUGCUACGAGGGCUUCUGGCUGCCGGAGUGGUCUGUCCCAGUGGCCGUCGCCCUGCAGCGCCGCUUCCAGCCCCGCCGGGACGACGUCAUCGUCGCCAGCUUUCCCAAGUGCGGCACCACCUGGGUUAACGCGCUGACGUUUGCCACCAUGGCCCGACGUGCUCACCCCGCCGCCGGCGCCGGGCACCCGCUUCUACGCCUCAACCCGCACCAGUGCGUCCCUUUCCUGGAGGCCCUCUUCCGCAGCCGCCGCGGGGAGGCCAAACUGGAGGCGCUACCGUCGCCGCGCCUCAUGAACACGCACAUGCCGCUCCGCAUGAUGCCGCCGGCGGACAGCGCCGGCGGGUGCAAGGUCGUGUACGUCUGCAGGGAGCCCAAGGACAUGGUGGUCUCGCUCUGGCACUACCUCCGGCGGCUGCAGCCCGAUCUGCCGCUCGCCGACGUGUCCGAGUCGGUGUGCGGCGGCGCAGCGAUGUACGGGCCGGUGUGGGACCACAUCCUCGGCUACUGGAGUGCCAGCACGGCGAGGCCGGAUAGCGUGCUCUUCUUGCGGUACGAGGAGCUGCUCCGCGACCCCGCCAAGCACGUCAGGAAGCUAGCGCGGUUCGUGGGGCUGCCUUUCUCCGGCGCGGAGGAGGAGGCCGGCGUCGUCGACGACAUCGUCAAGCUCUGCAGCAUCGGGCACCUCAAGACAUUGGAGGCCAACAAAACAGGCCACGUGGAUCCCAUCUUCCCGAUCCCGCGCGAGGCGCUAUUCAGGAAGGGCGUGGCCGGUGACUGGGUGAACUACAUGACACCGGAAAUGGCACGACGCAUCGAUGAGAUCGUGGCCGACAAGUUCCACACAACAGGGCUCACUUUUCAGGAGUGGCUUACGCACGCCGAUUCCAUCGAUUUAUAAGGCGCUAGUAACGUAACACGCGUUAGAGAAAAGUAUAAUAAGAUACGGUCAACACGCUGUAAGGAUUAAACUAUUGUAUUUUGAGGUAAUUACAUUAAUGAUAUCUUA